UUACGUGUUACGACCCCACUACGACCCUCAUGGGGGGGGCCAAGUGGAUGCCGAUGCUUUGACGGCUUUGACCGAUGUGCCGACGUCUUUUUCGUAAUUUAUCGGCUAAUAUCGAGUCACGUGACUAACUUUUACAUGUGCGAUACGUUGAAACCGUGCAUGGUUGAAACCAUGGACGAAAACAAUUUUAAACGGAGAACAUCACAACAUUAGCAGACAUUAGUUUGUUUGAAUUUUGACGAAGCCUAGUUUCAAUUCGAUCCAACGUCUUCUGAAGAAGUGCUACACCAUUAAACAAUUCGAUUGUUAUACCAUACACCAUUGACCGACCCCCGAGGUGCCUCCGAGCGGUGUAUAAAAAAACAGCAACAUAAAUAUAUGUAUGGGAACUAAAUCUGGGGCUAAAUUAAAAAAUGUAUUUUUUGUUUAAAUGGUUAAUCGAUCGCUGAACGAUUUAAUUGGGCCACCACGAGCCACUGUACGACCCCCAAGAUGUUUUAAAAAAUUCAUAUAUUUGAAUUGGGGAAGCUAUAACCAAGCUGACCAGGGGAGGUCCUAAAUCCAUAACAACCAAAAUGGCGACCCGACGAGUGACGCAUAACGAAUCGAGGACGUGAAGCGUGUACGAGCAUGCUUACAAAUAAUCUAUCCAUCACACUUACAAAUUUAACGGAACUCUAGUCUUCGUCGUCUCUGUAAACUGUUGGUAAACGAUUGAAAAUGGCUCACGCGAAAAUUGAAGAUUCUGAUAAAUCUGAAGCGAAUCUCAAAGAGCAGGAAAAAGAUUGUGACGAAAAAGAUGGUACUGUAUUGAUACUGGAAUGUGCCGUUUGCCUUCAACCGUGCAUCCAUCCGGCUCGCUUGCCCUGCAGCCAUAUUUUCUGUUACCUCUGUGUGAAAGGUGUGGCAAAUCAGAGUAAAAGAUGUCCAAUGUGCCGACAAGAAAUACCUGCAGAUUUUAUAGAACAUCCACAACUUGUAGAAGUGGAAGAUGAUGCCAAACCGCCAGUGGUCGAUGAGGAAUACCAAUGGUUUUACGAAGGACGGAAUGGCUGGUGGCAAUACGACCAACGAACGAGCCACGAACUCGAAACGGCCUACAAACAAGGAAAGAGAACUUGCGAGCUACUCAUUGCUGGUUUUCUCUAUAUCGCUGAUUUUGGUUCCAUGUUACAAUUACGACGAAACGAUCCGUCCCGACAUCGCAGGAUCAAAAGGGAUUUGUACAACGUACCAAAAAAAGGAGUUGCCGGGCUUCGCUUGAAUGCCCAACAACAACAAGAUGAAGAAAUUCAAAUAGUAAGAGAAAUUCGGGGAGCUGAGCGACCAGCGAGUCCAGUGAGUGACACAUUGGGUACUGGGGAUGGAACGAAUACACCAGUGCCACCGAGCAACACGCCUCAAACUCCAGCCGGUGGGAAUACGAGUGGAGAUGCGACACCGCUCACAGAUCGCAACGAUCCGCGAUCGGACUCUCUUCACCAGGUUUUGGAACAAAUGCGUUCAUUAGUGUUAACAGAUGAGGUUCUAAGAGAUUCGCACUUCGGUCUAAACAGCGAUAACGAACCUGACGAGAACAUCGAUGAUCGAUCAUUUUCAGAUAAUACGAUGUUGCUUUGGGCGCCGAACACGACGACCGAUUCUUCGAGUGAAGAUGACGAUUGAGAGGUUGCACAAACGAUGUUCUUUGCAUGAACAUCAGCAACAUUUCUCUCCAUGACCGAGUAUUCAUCGGUCAUUAAUUUUGUGCUCAUUUAAACGAACGAGAGAGUUGAUUAAAUCUCAUGAUCCAUCAAUGGGUCACCAUAUUUAUAUUUUUCUCCAUUAAUACAACUCAAAUCGAAGCGUUUUGCAAAUUAUUCAUCUCAUUCGCGAUUUUUCGAGCAAUCUUCUCCAGUAGCGUUCUCCAGAAAUUUUUCCAGUUCCUUAACGAACUCUUUUUAUACGCUGGAUUAUAUUCGCUCAAUAAUCCAAUGGCAAAUAUCCUCGAAAAAUACCAACGAGUACAAUGAACUUAUAUAUAUAUUAUUAUCCCUCGUUUUUUACUUCGCUAUUCAUGAUCGUUAUUCUAAAUAAUUGAUGUAUCUCAAAAAUAUUGUAAGUGCAAUUGAUGGGACAGUCUAGUAGUAAAGGAGUUCUUGAAAUUCAAAGAUAUGAAUCGUGGUAUUCACAAAACAAAUCUAGUUCAAAGUAUUAUAUUAUAUUAUUAUCAUUAUUAUUUGUUGUUAUUAUUAUUAAUAAAAAAAGUAUUUGAUCUGAAAUUUAUUCUGUAUAUCUCAACAAUAAUAAAAUUAAUCGUGAGUAAA